AUGAGUUCGAAGAAGAUAACUUGUGUCUCGAUAUGUUUGAUUUUGGUGUUUUGUCAAUGUGUUGUUCAGUUGGAAGCUCAGCUUCAAGUGGGGUUUUAUACAAUUUCAUGUGGCAUGGCAGAGUUCAUUGUCAAAGAGGAGGUUAGAAAAGCCUUCUUGAGUGAUAAGGGUUUGGUUGCUGGCCUUCUCAGAAUGCACUUUCAUGACUGUUUUGUUAGGGGUUGUGAUGCUUCGGUGCUUAUCGAUUCCACUCCAUCAAACACCGCAGAGAAGGAUACUCUGGCCAACAAUCCUAGUCUUCGGGGGUUUGAAGUGAUUGACAAGGCAAAGGCCAGACUUGAAGCUGCAUGCAAAGGUGUGGUCUCAUGUGCUGAUAUUGUCGCAUUUGCUGCAAGAGACAGUGUGGAAAUAACAGGAGGACUUGGCUAUGAUGUUCCAGCUGGAAGAAGAGAUGGCAUAGUUUCAUUAGCUUCAGAGGCAUCUGCAAACUUACCUCCUCCGACGUUUAACAUCAACCAACUCACUCAAAACUUCGCGAAAAAGGGAUUGACACAAGAAGAAAUGGUUACACUUUCUGGUGCACAUACCAUCGGUCGUUCUCACUGCACUUCGUUCAGUAACAGACUAUACGGUUUCAAUACAACAAUGAGCCAGGACCCGAGUCUGGACUCCAUGUAUGCAGCACGGUUGAAGCAGCAGUGCCCACAAGGCAGCACAGACCCUAACUCGGUGGUACCAAUGGACCCAAGCAGUCCAAGCAUUACUGAUGUAAGCUACUACAGGGAUGUCCUAGCAAACAGAGGCUUGUUCACCUCAGACCAGACUCUCUUGACAAACCCGAUAACGGCGAACCAAGUGGAUCAAGACGCUAGGAAUCCUAUGCUCUGGGGAAGCAGGUUUGCUGCUGCAAUGGUGAAGAUGGGUCAGAUUAGUGUUUUGACGGGUAAUGCCGGAGAGAUUCGAGCAAAUUGUAGGUUGGUCAACAGCUAA